CCUUAAACUUACCGCAGUCACAGUCCGAGUUUCGGGGUGCAGCGGCCACGAAACCGGCCAACACGACUACAACAAGCAAACUAGUCAUUUUUGGUCUAAAAUGUGCAUGUAUAAAAAAACAACCACGAACUAAUUACCAUCAUUUUGGUAUGGAUUGUUUUUAUACAAGUUGUGUUAGGUUUCAAUGUUAUUUUGGAGGGGUUUCGCCUUGACCAUUUUCAUAAUGUCUAUCUGAUGCUACCCACUUUAUUCAAUGUCUAGGGAUUUGUGUGCAUCAAGGUCGAUGCAUGUGCAUGCCUGACACAUUUUCGCAAUGCUUUAAAGAGGUGAUACAUUUAUUUACUCAUUUCGACACUUACAAUGAGGGAAUGUAAGCCUCUAGAUUUGCUUUGUCAAGAUUGACAAGCUUUAAAUCGAUUAUGCAACGGAUUAACAUUGAAAAUAAGUAGGUGUGGUGUUAACAGACGACCAACCAGACGAAAGCAGGUGCGAAAUAAUGAGCUUGAUAAAAUGGUAAAUAAAACGAUUUUGCAAUUUGGCAUUCAUUUCCGACACUCGGAGACGCAGUUUCUGCAAAAUUGGAUCCUCCUGAAGAGGAGGCACACAAUGGCUGUUUUCAACUGGAAAAAUUCGUUUUCUGGGUCAACAGGCGGAAUUAUGGGCAAUUAUGCCGAAUUUACCAAAAUUACUUCAAACCACUAACACAUAUUUCGGUACAAUUUAUUCACAAAGAAACCACAGAGUCGUGUUUUCUAAAAAUGCGACGGGUACCUAGAAAACAUUCAUACAGCGAGAAAGUAUUUUUUUCAGUAGUUUUCCGAUUUUCGAGUUUUAUGGUUUUUGCCGCAUGUCGAGUGAAUCUGAAGAGGAAAAAUUCGCAUUGUUGGCAGAACCUGAAUAGCAUUUCAAAGAGUUUGAAAGUCUGUCUAAGAGAAGGGUUUAUUAGAAACUUCGAUUAGCAAAUUUCGUCGCAAAGUAGUUUUCAUUUAAAAUUUAAAUGCGACUGGAGUGGCAAUGGGAAUAUAGGUUUGCGGUUGUUUUUCCGAAAAGGGAGUACCUUGAGAAGUUUGCCUUAUCCAAAAAUUGUGUAUUGAUUCGGUCUAGAAACCUAAUUAAGCUCCCUCUGAGCGUGCCCUACAUAUGGGCACGAUUAUUGAAAGAGGAAAUUUAAGUGAAGGCCGCAAGUCCCAUUGAAAUAAAAACAAUGCGCACUAUUAGAAAUUUCAGUCGUAAAAUCGAACGAGAUCAGACAAAAGUUGCGUUAUUGGGUUACCUACACACUCGUAUUAUUUAUUUAUGUAAAUGAGUGUAAUUUAAAAAAUGAGACGCAAUUAUUAUAUUGUUGGUUUUGACAUUGGCAAUUGAUAACACCAAUUUAAGCAAAAUUUGUUAUGUAGAUUAUGACCUAAAAAUCUUCCAACAUUUGCAUAAAUGCAAUAUUGCACUUUCAAUGCAGGUUAUAUAACAAAAUCCGCAAUUUCCCUCCUAAAAAUGCGGCACUGGCAAGACAGGCUUCUUGGAAUCUUCCGGUUGUUGCCAUGGUACCUAGUUACCUACUUCUUCAUUACCUCUGCAUAGAUAACAAUCCUCAGUUGAAAAUCUCAGUCGGUCAUGUCAACAACUUUAAAUAUUCGAAAAUGUUGUUCCAAACUUUUAUUUUUUUCGUUGUAACUCAUCUAAUCCAAUCACGCGCAAAUUCUUUUGAAACCACAACCGGGGCCCCUUUUGUGCUAAACCCGGACCAGCAGCCCGCCAACCGCGCCACCUUCUUCGAGUGGCUGUGGAGCCUCCUGGGCUUCGGGGGUUCCCCGAACCCGACGCCUGACAUCGUCCAACCCGCGGAAAAUUGCCCCAAGUGCACCUGCGGUCUGACGUACAAAAAUAAGAGAAUAGUCGGAGGUGUUGAAACUUUAAUUAACGAAUAUCCAUGGAUGACUGCCUUGACAUACAACAAUCGUUUUUAUUGCGGGGCUUCGGUUAUCAACAGCAAAUAUUUGAUAACAGCCGCACAUUGUGUCAAUGGGUUUUCCAAAGACCGACUCGCUGCCGUUUUCCUCGACCAUGACCGCUCGAACUAUUUCGAAACCCAAACAUUUACAAGAACCAUAAGCCGGGUUUACCGGCACCGCUAUUACGGCUCCGGAGGGACGUACAACAACGACAUCGCGAUACUUAAACUUGAGAAGGAGCUCAACAUUACCGGGCUUCUCAGACCCGUGUGUCUUCCACCGACUGGGAAGAGUUUCACUGGGUUUAAAGGGAUUGCCAUCGGCUGGGGAGCCACGCACUCCCACGGACAGGUCUCAAACACUCUGCGUGAAGUGGAGGUCCCGAUUAUGUCCAAUAUUGAAUGCAGAAGAACUGGUUAUGGAAAUAAAAUUACCGAUAAUAUGAUGUGUGCAGGUUAUCCAAACGGAAUGAAAGAUUCUUGUCAGGGGGACAGUGGGGGGCCACUGCACGUUGUCAACGGCACCCACCACCAAAUUGUCGGAAUCGUGUCGUGGGGUGAGGGUUGUGCCCAAGCCAAUUACCCCGGAGUUUACACCAGAGUUAACAGAUUUAUAUCCUGGAUCCGAAGUAACACUCGUGACGCUUGCUAUUGCGAGGACUAGACUAUUUAUUACUUGUACAUAUUUCUAAUAAAUUAAUUCAAAAGCCAAAACGCUUCUAACUCA